GUCAAGGCUAAUGGAUGGUACAAGGAUAGGGAGAAUGAAGUUGUCUUUGUGAUCUAGAGCUGUGGUCUAAAGGGGGAAGGUCUGCUACACCCCUUGUCCUUUGGAGGAAUAACUUUAGGAUGAUGGGAGUAGUGCAAGAUGGAAAAGGAGCAGAGUCCAUCUGGUGCCAUGUUUCUUCCCUUCAUCUAACCGACCUAAACCUAUGAUGAUGAAGUCCCCAUCUUAACAUGAAUGACACAAUCAAUGAAAAAAUAAAAUAAACCUGAUUUAUCAUAAUCAAGAUUUGUGAUGAAAGCAGAACAGGACGCCGGAUCUAUGUGUAAGACCCCAAGGAAACUUACGAAAAGGGCCAAAACCUGGGAGAUAUCCGACUCCGAGCCUGAGGAAGACCCCGCCGGCGUUGAGAAGGAUGACACCAAGGCUACAGAGUGGCCAAGAAGUAAUCAAAGAAGUCUUCAGGAGAAACCAGAAGCCGAUGAGAUGUCUCAGGAUGGAGGUGAGGAGGAAAGAGACUCUGAACCCUCUGCAGAGGUCCUUACAUCUACGUUACCGGCGCCACUACCUGCGACCACAACUCCCAGUCCGAAUAAAAGAACAAAGAGGAGAAAAAACCCAGAAGAACUGGAGGCUGAUAGGAUACGGUCAGAAGAACAAAAUAAGGAAAAAGAGGCCAAGAGGCUGGAGAAAGAGAGGAUCCGAAAUCUGGAGAAGGAGGAGAAGGAAAAACGAAAAGAGUCAGCCCUGGCACUCAAGCUCCUGAGACCGGAUCACUGUGGGAAGUACAUGACGGUCCAGCUUGAUGCAGCUCUUCUUCAGGAUGCCGGAUGUGAAGAUCUGCUGGACUCCCUGAGAACGGCCGGUUAUAAUUACUCCAUAGAGCCGCACUCCGCGCCCUACAGUGUCACUUGGAGGAGAGAGAUGCCGGGAGACUGGACGUGUGUGGAGGGUCUGGAGCUUUGCAGGGGAGAAGAAGAUGAAAUGCUGAUACUGGUGGACCCUAAAGAUUUUCUCACGAGUGUUCGCUGCUUCAUUCAGGCACCAGUGACCUCCAGCAAUACUGAAACCAUGGGGCCUGCGUUUGGAUUUGGCAAAAAGUACCCCAAUAAGAAGAUCACAUUGGUUAUUUUGGGACUCCCAGAAUACCGGAGAUGUCAGAGACUGUCUCACAAAAUGGAGAGACAUUCGCUGGAGGGGAAAGCGAGGCGUGACCUGGAAGACAGUUGGGUGACGUGGAGGCAGAUUGACGAGGCGCUUGUGUUUCUACAGCUGUAUUACAACAUGGAGGUGUUAAACCUGGAGACAUGGAAGCAGUUUGGGCAGCAUGUGUGCGCCGUGACGAAGAGUGUGGCUCAGCGCCCAUUUCGGAGACACUGGGAGGCUCAGUCGUACUCAUUCUGCACCUCCGCAGGGAGCUGGCGCGGGUGGGGUCCUCGGGGGUCGCUUACAGGUUUACCCUUGGUUUGGAGGAGACAAAUUCAGCAGUUGAACAGAGUUAGUCCAGCGAUGGCGGCGGCCGUAACUGAGGCCUAUCCUUCACCGCAGCUGCUUAUGCAGGCUUAUGCAGCGUGCAAUACAGAACGGGAGAAACUCUCUCUCCUUUCUGAUCUGCGGGUGCCACGUAACACAGGGGCCACGGAAGGUGAGGACCCGGACGACGAUGCCAGCAGCACCCUAGGUAAAGAGCCAGCCGCAGGGAAAGAGCGGCGAAUCGGUCCAGACAUAUCCCGGCGGAUCUGGCUAUUCAUGACUGCAACAAAUCCGGAACUGGUGCUGGAUCUGAACUCCUAGCACACGGAUCUGUAAUGAUGCAGAGGUGUCCGACAUUCCCCUCUGUAGGUACAAGGCUAUGCAAUUUAUUUGGUGCUUUUUUUUCUUUUUUUUUCUAUUCCCCUUUCCUCAAAACAAAUGUAAUUAAAAUAUAUAACUUAUGAAUAAUGUAGUUGUUCUGUGCCUGCCGGUC